AUGUUUAGAAAAAGAAGAAAUGAUCCUUUAAAGUUAUUAUGAGAUUAUGUGAUUCACAAUAAAUAAAUAAAGUUAAGUAGCAAAAAUACUGAUCAUAGAUUACUUUUUGAUAAUACUAUUGAAUUUAAAUGUUCGACUUUACUAGAUAAAAAAUAAUUAAAAGGAUUCAUCAUUGAUAUCAAAAUCAGGGUAAAAAAAUACUCUUAGAGCUUCAUGUUGUAUUUUAGAUUGUCAUUUUUAAGGAUCGGAAUAAGAAAAUUAUCAAAAGAAAGCAUUAGAUCUAAAUUUUAAAUAAGUAUUUAAUGCAAAUAAUUAAGCUAAUUAAAACAUAAUUGAAUAUUUUACUGGUAAAGUAGAUAUACGGAUUAUAUAAAUAUAGAUAAGCAGCCAUCUUUAUAUAAGAAUAAACAAGUCUAAAAUAAGGAUGAUAUUAAAUAGGCAAGUUUAUAGAAAAUUAACCUGAUUAAGAGAAAGUAGUAAUUUUAGAAAUUAAAUUAGCCAUUAAAUGAUAAAGAAUUCAAUUUAAAAGUAUUUGAUGAAAUAUUGAGAUUUGAAAAAUCAAUAACUACUAGAAAUAGAUUCUUCAGAGUUUAGGAUAGAAUAUUGAAUGAUAAUUUGAAAACAGCAUAAAAAGUAGAUAUUAUUAAAUUAUUUAGAAUUUUUGGGUUAAUAUGUUGGAGUGGUAGGUGAUGAAGUAGAAUUAUAAUAAUUUUUAGAUACUAGAAUAUAGGAUGUGAAUAAAGCUAAACAACUAUCAAGUACAAAAUUAUCUUAUUCGGUCUUAAACGAAUUCAUAAAAUCUUAAGAAAAAACGAUGAAUGAGGAAAAAAUUGUUUAAGAAAUGUUUAAUUAAUUUUAGAUAAAGGAUAAUAUAUAAUAUUAAACAUUAUUUCUAAAUCUAGAUCCGAAUGGGUUGAAAUUUACCAAUAAAGUUGUUGAGAUUAACAGAUCUGUAAUUAGUUUUUAUUUAUGUUAUUUUUAGGGAAUAAUAGUUUUUAAUAUUGGUAUAGUCAAAAUAAAAUACAGUAACAAAUUAGAAAAGAGUGGUUGCUGUAUUUUUAAGAGUAUCUACUUAUGAAUUAAAAUAGUUUCCUGAUUAAAAUCUAAAUCAAUUAUUUUUAAAAAGUAUUAUUAAUUAUGUUAUAAAAUAUAGGAUUAGAGAUUAUCAUCAAAAGUUUGAAGAAGAAAAAGUUAAAGACUUGA